GUCCCCACCCGGCAAUGCGACUGCGCAUGCGUGCAUCCCUGCUGUGGAUUUCCGGUGACGAGCAGGCGGAGAAGCAGGCGCCGGAAGUGCAGGGGAACCUAGCAACCGGAGCGGUAUUAAAGCAAUGUCUGAAGUCAAAGGAGAUGCUGAUGGACCAAAUGCAGCAGCAACUGUGUCCGAAGUGGAGGGAGGGCCUUGUGGAAAUAAAGAUGUGCCAAUUAAGCAGAAUGGGUGCUUGCUGGGGCCUUAUGUCACAAUUGGAGCAACUGUUCCUACUGGCUUUGAGAAAACUGCUGCUGAUGAAGUCCAAGAGAAAAUUGGAUCUGAGUCCAGAAUUAGCAAGGAUCGAGGAAGAAUCUAUUUUGAGGUUUCCACGGAUAAUCUUUUUCAGGUUCAUCUUUUGAGGUCUGUUGAUAACUUAUUUGUUGUUGUGCAGGAGUUUCCUCAUUACCAGUUUAACAAAUCCAAGGAAAGUAUACUGGAAGACUUCAGGCAGUUGGCUGGCCAACUUCCCUGGGCAAAUCCCCUUGAAGUAUGGGAACUGAACAACAGUCUCAAGAAGAGGAAGUUCCAGCGCAGGAAAGCCAAUCAAGAAAUUAGCCCAGCUUCAGGAACACCACAUGAGAUUGACAAAAAUAGUGUACCCAUGACCUGUGCCCAUUUAGCUUCUGGAGAUCAGCUGCACAAUGGAACAGUGUUGUGUGUCUCUGAAUCUGGGCCAAGUGGCGAUCAACUCUUCGAAAUCAAGGAGUCCACCAAUGAUGUGGUCACUAAUCAGGUUUCACUUGAGGGACAUCUGAGUGACAGAAAUGAAAAUGAAGAGAAGGGCUGCAAACUACUUAAAUUUCGAGUUACCUGCAAUAGAGCUGGGGAGAAACAUACCUUUACUUCAAUGGAGGCAGCUAGAGAGUUUGGAGGCGCUGUACAGGAUCUGUUCAAGUGGAAGGCAGAUAUGACCAAAUUUGAUAUAGAGAUCCUACUCAAUAUUCAUGAUACUGAAGUAGUGAUUGGUAUAGCUCUUACAGAGGAAAGUCUGCACAGGCGAAACAUAGUGCACUUUGGGCCUACAACUCUUCGAUCUACUUUGGCCUAUGGGAUGUUAAGGCUUUGUAGUCCUCAAUUAACUGAUAUCAUCGUUGAUCCAAUGUGUGGAACAGGAGCAAUACCAAUCGAGGGAGCUUUGGAAUUUACACAGUCUUACUUUCUUGGUGGAGACAACAAUGUACUGGCAGUGAACAGAUCCAUUAAUAAUAUCAACUCCUUGCAGAAGAAGAGACUUGAUAAAGGAAGAACUAACUGUGGCUUGCCUUUGGAUGUUGUACAGUGGGAUAUCUGUAACCUGCCACUCAAGACCAGUUCUGUGGAUAUAAUUAUAUCAGAUAUGCCUUUUGGAAAGAGGAUAGGUUCAAAGAGGAAAAACUGGGACCUGUAUCCAGCCUGUCUGAAGGAAAUGGGGCGAGUGUGCAGACCUGAGACUGGGAGAGCUGCUCUCCUAACACAAGACAAGAAAUGCUUUGUGAAGGCCAUGUCAAGAAUGGGUUACCUCUGGAGGAAGUCUCAUACUGUCUGGGUGAAUGUUGGUGGGCUGCAUGCUGCUGUCUACCUGUUGAAACGCACCAGUCUUUCCUUUAAUGAGUUAUUUAAGACACCUCAAGAAUCUGAUUGCAAUAAGGAUAUUCCAUGUAAAACAGGGGCAGUAGAAUAAGAGGAGAAGGAAAUGUACAGUCCCAGGGAAUAAACAUGAGCCUUGUUGGUAAGA